GUCAAAGAAUGGCUCGUUCCACCGUUGAAUUGCUUCUAUCAAGGGAAGACAAUGUGCUUGACUCAGUUGAGGAGUGCCCGGCGGAGCAUCGGUCAGCGCUCCUUCAUCUCGUUUUUGAAACGUUGAUGGACAGGAGUGUGGAGGAGCGCAAAGCUGCAGGUGAAUUAUGUCUGCGAUUAUUGAAUAAGAAAUUGAUCACUCCAGCAGAUGUGGCAUCCGCCUGUCGGGCUUACUUCUCUACUCUGGACGACGGGUGGACAGCGGAGUAUGUAUUUGGAUGGAAAUAUCUGGCUGAGAUAUUUCAACACUUCAUCCAAAAUGGUCCAGAUCAUUUCCAACUGCUAACCUCCAUACUAAAGCCGCUCCACUCAGGUGGCCGUGGCGCCAAUGUCUUGGCCCAUUGCCUAAGAAUGAGUGCUGCCCGCCUUGGUCCUGAUGUCGUAUCUUUCAAGUUUCAGUCCAUGCGUCUAAACUGGACUCAGUUGGGAAUAUCCCCAGGGGACGUUCUGUCUUUCCUUAACUAGCACUCGAUAUCGUUCACAAUCGAUCCUAACCCUUUGGCAGAAAUGUUAAAAGAACUCAGGGAUUUGGCACAGCUAUAGUCUACCACAUUGGACCAACUCAAUAAGUUAUUCAAGCAAUUGCCGCAUUCCGACUUACCCUACGGAUUAAUCAGACAGUGUACCAUCGCAUUGGUCAACAGACACAGAGAUCUCCCUCGGCAAUCCAUCGAUCAAAGAGUUAUUGCGCUAGGAAUCCUAGUCGACCACAAUCCCGAACGCGAGUCUCAAGUCCUGCAUGCGCUUGACGAGUGUUCAAAAACUGUUCCAGUCGAGCAAUGGCGCAAGUCACUAUUGGACAACAAAGUUAUCUCAACAGAGGCCUUCAAAAGUUGGGGGAACUCAAACGUCGUUUCUAAGGGCUCAAUUGACAAAAAUUUCUCAAUGCCCGAAUGAUGUCUUUUCUACGCUCAGAAUUUCACCGU